AUACAAGGGAUGGCAGUAAACUUCAAUGGCAUCUUGAUUAAGUUGCUUACCAGCCCCCGAUGCCAGUGGUUGAUUGCUGUCUGCACCAUUGUCCACAUCCUAUAUUUCAAACCCUGCAGCGCCCUCUCAGGUGAUCUUCAAGACCUUCUUCAGAAGCCUAACUCCACAGGCUUCAACCCUAACACGCGUAAUCUAACACAGGCCAACGUCAACUAUAAGCUCCUUACUUGUGAUGACAUCUCAAAUAUUUCACAAGGGCGGUCCCUUGGGUAUGGCUACACGAAGGAGGUGUUUGAAGGAACUUACAAGGGUAGGAAGGUGGCAAUUAAGAUGGUCACACCCAAAGUUGUAGAUAUUACGGCAUGUUUCAAGAGAAAGGCUUAUCGGAUCAAAUCGGAAUGCUACGAGUACGCAAACUUUAAGGUGAUGAAGGAAAUAACAUUAAGUUUGGAGAUCAACAGUGAUAGAUUACUUCAGGUACUUGGGUUCUGUGUACGAGGAGAUGCUAUAACAGGAUCUGUAAUUGAUCACGGAGUCAUAGAAAUCGUGGAAUUUGGAAGGAAACUCGAAAAGAGUAUGCUCACAAAUUCUACCUGGUCGGAAAAAUUACAGACAGAUUUACCAGAUGAGUUAACAGUUGACAUGAGGCAUUCAAGAUUAGCAAGAAAGUUAGUCACAUCUGUGGUUGGUGGUCUAUAUAUUAGACAAACUACACAUUUCUUUCUAUCAGGACGAUCAACCUCUAUGCAUAAACUUUCACCAGCUCCUCUCGUUAAUGAGAGGUCGUUCCUAGUUUUGAAGGAUAGAGAGUCCUGA